ACAAAAUCAUGGCAAAAAGUUUAGAAUCACCGACCAAAUUGACGGAAUUUGCCCCGCUUGCUCCUCCGGAAUCACAACAAUCUGGUAUUCGAUCAACAUUUGCUCGUUGGUUUGGAAUCAACAACAAAAAUCCACCCCCUACCAUUAAAGAGGUAGUUAAUGGAGCAAGCGAAGUUCCCUGUCCACCGUCUCGUUCUUCGAGUCGAGAUGAUAUCUCUCAAUCAGGAGAAUCCACAGUUUCAAACAUCACUUACACAGGUGAAGGUGGCCUUCCUGUGCAGUACUGCGAAGGAAGAACUCUAGUCAGUGUACUUACUAGGGUAUCCAAUCUUCUGGCUCAGAAAGGAAUGUAUAGUGAAGCAGAGUUUAAACAAUAUUGGAUGCCAGAUUCCGUCAGCAAAGAAUGCUAUGAAUGUAGUUACAAGUUCACUGCACUAAGAAGACGCCACCACUGUAGGAUCUGUGGGCAGAUAUUCUGUUCGAGAUGUUGCCACCAGCAAGUUCCAGGGAAACUUAUGGGUUAUUCUGGUGAUCUUAGAGCUUGCACCUAUUGCUGUCACAUUGUACUGUCCUGUCUGAAAUCAAUUGAUCCUUCUACCGAUGGAUCCACAGACCUUUCCAAAAUCCAAGAAGAUCUUCAGAAAAAAUUAGCCCUUUUGCAACCAAAUAGCGCUUCCCGCAGUGAAGGAGUCGACAGCAGUGGCGAACAGAAAAGUCGGAAGACGGUUUUAAAACGCAGAAUUUCUCUCAGCUUCCAAGAGGAACGCUUUACUUCAGGUUCUUCAACGAACCAACCUCUUUUGUCUUCUGCUGAAAGAAAAGUUCUUCUUCACGAUUCCUCCCAACUCAAGACUCUUCACGAGGAAAUCGUUCACCCUGUCCGUGGAAUAUUAUUGCAAAACCAUCGCUACAAGUUGCGAAGCAUCACAAACUGUUGUGCAGGCAGCGAAAUUGUAGAUUGGUUGUUGGUUCAGGACAAGGCUAGUUCACGGAUUCAAGCAACAGCCAUCGGGCAGGCUCUCGUCGAUGCAGGCUUUUUAGAGUGCCUCUCGUUGACCGAUCAAACUUUUAUCGAUGGCUAUUCCCUCUACCGGCCAAAAAACAGCGAUGUAACGUCUUCGAUGAACGAUUCCCUUGUGUCGUCUAACAACACUGAAGUUGCUGAAAUCGUCGAACCAGAGGAUACGCAAGAACCGCUUUGGGUACGACAGAUCGGCAUGCAAGAGGACCGGCAAUAUCACGUUCAGAUCAACACAGGUGAACAACAAUUUCAUCGUCAGUCUACUGCGUCUCAUUUACCUGCUCCAGAUACGGACAUGAUGGACGGUUUGGGCCGUAGAAAUCAUCUUCUCGUUUUGCCACCGAAGAAGAACGAAGAACUUUCUCUUUCUACCGAUCUGAACAGUCCGAAUCCGGCAGCACUGAGCUCUCCAACUGUGCCCCAAGCCGAGGCAUUCGCCCUUCCAUUGCCCCCCAUCACACAAGAGUCGCGCCUUUUUUUCGAACACAUCCAAAGACUUAUGAAACAACUUCUCAGUUGGCAAGGUCUUUCUUUUUCUUGGGCCGAUGUUCUUAUGCCUUUGGUUCAAAGUCUUGCCCAUACCGUUCGACCCGACGUGCGAGACGAUGAUGAUGAGAUGGACAUCAGACAGUACAUCCACAUAAAAAAAAUCCCUGGCGGAGUCAAAAGUGACUCGAAAAUUGUGCAUGGCGUAGUUUGUUCCAAAAAUGUGGCAAAUCGAUCGAUGCCUAGAUGGUCACACGAUCCCAAUAUCCUUCUUCUCAGCUCCGCUAUCGACUACCAACGAGUCGAGAGCAAAUUAAUUUCCUUGGAACCGCUAAUGAUGCAGGAAAAUGAAUAUUUGAAAAAUGCGGUGGCAAAAAUCGCUGCAUUUAAACCUGAGGUAUUGCUAGUCGAAAAGGUUGUGUCGGGUUUAGCACAAGAAUUCCUCUACAAUUUAGGCAUCACAUUGGUGCUUAAUGUUAAGCCCUCAGUGAUGGACCGGGUUUCGAGAUGUUGUCAGGCGGACAUUGUACCAUCCAUCGAUGCCCACCAGCUCAGUCGUCCGAAAUUAGGAUCCUGUCGUUUAUUCCACGUUGAGACUCUGACCCUGGAUAGGAAUAACUCGACAAAGACACUCAUGUUCUUCGACGGUUGCCAACCGAGAUUGGGCGCCACUGUGUUACUGCGUGGCGCCAGCCACUUUGAAUUGCGUAAAGUGAAAAAAGUGUUAAAGUUCAUGACAUUUGCUUGUUAUAACGGACGACUAGAACGCGCAUUCUUAGCCGACGAAUUCGCCAUUCCUAAAAUGCUUGGAUGCAAGACGGAGAUGUUCGACGGAACCGAGACUGUACCGAAUUCCGAUGAUGCUCCACUUCUAGACAGCACUCGUCUCGACGAUAACUUAACUUUCGAGAGCAGCAGUCUGGUGAUUGUUGAUAGCGACUCAUUGAUGAGUCCUGGGACCAACACGGAUGUCUCGUCGGUCCAAGUGGUGGAGAAAAGUAAUACUCCGGACGAUAUCAGCUCGACCGAUCUCAGACCUGUUCGAGAAUUGGAUGAUCCUCUUCACGAAUAUUUGCGCAUCCGUCAGGGCGAUCAGUCACUGAGUUCAACUCCCAUUCAGCAGCCGUCGCAAUCACUGAGCAUACAAAGUUCAUCGCUAGCAACCAAUUCGAUGUUGUUCCGCAAAGCCAUGGAGGACACGAUUCUUUCCAUUUCACCACUCAUCCGCCAUCCUUUACCCUAUCUGGAAACCGAGGCCGGCCGUAACGCCCCUUUGAGAAAAUUCUUACCGGAGGUGCUGUACUACUCGCAACAGCUCAAACAGACUGAAUCACCGCCGCGCAAGAUACGCUACGGCCAGGAAGAUGGAAUGAACGGCGAUAAUUCAACGAUAGAUCCUAUAUCCGAGAGGAGUUUGAUCCACCCUUUUCUACGGGCUAGAAUCACGCCCGCAAUAUCGCGAACUGAGCUACUUGGUUUGCUUAGUGACUUCCGCGCCAGGGGAGUCCGUCCUGGAUGCAAACCGCAUGAUCAAGUGGUCAAGACCAAGUUGUCACUGUCCAGUAGUGACGAUUGGGAGAACAUUGCCGAAGAGGAAAACCAAGCGGAGGGAGGAGGGCUUAAAGAUUGCCUGGACCCGUUCAAUCUUCAAAAACUUUGCGCUUUAUUUUCCAGCUUUUGCCAACCUGUUUCCACAGUCGCUCCCCAAUACUGCGUUGCUCCUUGGGUUGUAGAAAUGGAUUUUUAUGGUAGAAACGACAUCACGUUAGGAGGAUUCCUGGAGCGCUACUGUUUCCAUAAGAAUUACACCUGCCCGUCUUCCUCAUGUCAAUCGCCGAUGGCAUCUCACGUCCGUCGCUUCGUUCACGACACUUCGUCCAUCGUAGUGAUUAUCCGGCAGUUGGCAAAUUCGGUCAAUUGCAACGCUGUCUCGUCGGGUACUUCUAUUGCUGACGAUCGAUCCAUCCUCAUGUGGUCGUGGUGUAAAAAAUGCAAACAGGUUUCUCCCAUUUCCACAAUGUCCACAGAAACGUGGCAUUUCAGCUUUGCCAAGUAUUUGGAACUGCGCUUCUAUGGGCAUGCCUACUGUCGCCGCCAGCUGACCAGUCCUCAUUCCAUUCCGGUUUGCGCGUGUCCUCAUCCACUGCAUACCGAGCAUUUCCACUACUUUGGCUGUCGGGAUCUUGUCGCCUCUUUCAAGUACGCUCCAAUCGUUCUCAAGGAAAUCGUACUCGCCCAACCUGCCAUCGCAAUUUCACUCGAACCCGAUCUCUUACCUCAACUUAUCGAAGAGAUUCGGCUAGUUGCCCAAUUCGGUCACGGUCUCUACUCGGCCAUCGGCGAAUGGUUGAAAGCGCUGACGGCAGAAUGCACGGGAACAAAGUUGGAAAAUCAAGUCGUUGCCAUGGUGGAGCAGCAGAUCCAAGAGCGAUCCCGCUUUCGAAAACGUGUCGAAGAGAUCCAGUUGAUGUUGACUUCACCUAACCUUCAACAAGUUAGUUCGCCCGGCGGUGGCGAAGAAUCCUUGUGGCUUAUAGCGGACCACGAAGUUCUCCUCAAGCGUAUUAUCGCCGAUACGGUUUGCUCGUGGAACGGUCGGUUACAGGAAGUAGUGGCUGCUAAGAAGAAAGAAGACAAGUCUUCAGCCUCCAAGCCCACGCAGAAAAAUGUCCAACCGUCCGAGAACGAAUCCGUUGAUGUCAAACCUCUUCCACCGGCUCCGCCGAUCUUCACCAUUUCGCCCAACUCUUCGCGCGAUGACUCGGUGGCCGAUUCGAGCCGCAAGAUGAGUGAACACAGCAUGUCUCCGUCGUCGUUAUCCAGCUCACCUUCCAAAAGCCCUUUUCUGCACCCCAGAAGCAGCGUCGAUUUUCAGUUUAGUGUCGAGCAGCAGUCGGAAAUAGGGUCAUCCCUGGAUCACCGUAGUCGCUCCGUUUCGCAAGUCAGCAACGAACAUCUGGAGGGCAGCGAAUCGAAAUCAUCAGUAGCAGCCCUACCGGUGACUCCGUUACAAACUCGAGUGUCUUUGGGGGCCCUUCUGUCGAUGACUGGACCAGGACCCUCGUUAUUAACGAUGCCAUUUCCUUCUACGGAGCACCAUCUCCUACCACCCGGUUCCUCACUCCCGCUAGUCGUCUACCAAAACGAGCCCUCCUCCAUCAUUGCUUAUGCAUUAGCAUCAGUCGACUAUGAACAGCAGCUGUCCGAGUUGCAAGCAGAUUUAGCAGAUCAGGUCGGCCCUUCCUCGCCAACUCGAACGUCGUCUCCAAUUGGACCGGAUCGAUGGUUUGACAACAUCGAACGCGAAGAACCGGGUGGCCGAAGUUAUGGAUCCUCUUCGACUUCCGGAAUUGCCCAGGCUCCUCCUGCCGGAGCUUUGGCUUCCAAUCAGCAUUUAGAGAUCCAGUUCAGUGACUCGAAUACCAAAUUUUACUGCCGUGUUUACUACGCGGAACAAUUCCGCGCAUUACGAUCCAAAGUCUUCCCUGCCGGCGAGGAUCGCUUCAUCCGUUCCUUGGCUCGAUGCGCUCCAUGGGCAGCUUCCGGGGGCAAGUCAGGUUCCACCUUUUGUAAAACAUUAGAUGACCGUUUUGUGUUGAAACAAAUGUCAAAAAUGGAAAUCCAGUCAUUCGUUGAUUUGGUGCCCAAUUACAUAAGUUACACUCAUCGCGCUCAAAGAGAAAAUCGCCCGACGGCCUUUUGCAAGAUUGUCGGCGCCUUCCGCAUCGUGUUCAAGAACGCCCAGACAAACGUGGCUAGCAAACAAGAUCUUCUAGUCAUGGAAAACCUCUUUUACAAGAAGAAUGUCACCCGAAAAUUCGAUCUCAAGGGCUCGGAGCGCAAUCGCCUUGUGUCAGCCACCGAAGCCGAGAUGAGCGAUUGUGUUCUCCUUGAUGAGAACUUUGUGCAAAUGACUUGGGACAAUCCUCUUUACGUUCGCGGUUACUCUCAGAGCGUUCUCAACAAAGCUCUCAGUACAGACACUCAGUUUUUAGCCUCACAACUGGUGAUGGACUACUCUCUCUUGGUGGGCAUUGAUGACGACAACAAUCAACUGAUCGUCGGUCUAAUAGAUUACAUUCGUACAUUCACUUGGGACAAGCGGCUUGAAACUUUUGUCAAGUCGUCUGGCAUACUGGGAGGACAAGGAAAGAUGCCUACAGUGGUAUCCCCUGAACUGUAUCGUACACGUUUCUGCGAGGCCAUGAACCGAUAUUUUACUUCUGUGCCUAGUUUUUGGGACUGAGGAGCGUGUUCAAUCGCCAAUCGCAGUGACCAAUCGCCAAAAGUUAAACUGGAAACAUCCACUUAAUAUCAAUCUUUUAAUCAUCCACUCAUGUAACAACCUGUAAAAUAAUAGUUAAAAACUAAAGAAACUCAAAACUAUGAAAGUGAAUGCCACUCUACUCCAAGUGUCCAUAUUGUUGAACUUUUUCUUUCGAUGUUAUGUAUAUUUUUACAUCCCAUAUAGUCUAUCAGUUCAAUAAGGCAUCAAAUAUUAUUCGUUGUUUUUAACACAUGUUCAAAUGUGGAGUUAUAUAAUCCUACGCUGUAGUCGACAUCACGUAUAAUAAACUCUUCUUGCAGCAG